AUGUGGAACUCGCCCAAGGUCGGAAUCCUCGGCGGCGGCCAGCUUGGUCGCAUGCUCGUCGAGUCCGCCAACCGAUUGAACAUUCAGUGCAACGUCCUCGACGCCGAGAACUCCCCGGCCAAGCAGAUCAGCUUUCACGACGGCCAUGUCACCGGUUCGUUCAAGGAACGCGAGGCCGUUCGCCAAUUGGCCAAGACCUGUGAUGUAUUGACUGCCGAGAUCGAGCACGUUGACACCUAUGCGCUCGAGGAGGUCUCUUCCGAAGUCCGCAUGGAGCCCUCUUGGCAGGCUAUCCGCACGAUUCAGAACAAGUUCAACCAGAAGGAGCACUUGCGCAAGUUCGGUAUCCCUAUGGCGGAUCACCGGGAGCUAGUUAAGAACACACCCGAGGAAUUGGCCGAGGUCGGAGAGCAGUUGGGCUACCCGAUGAUGUUGAAGUCGAAGACAAUGGCAUAUGAUGGGCGGGGAAACUUCCGCGUGAACUCCAAAGCCGAUAUUCCCGAGGCUCUUGAGGCUCUCAAGGACCGUCCGUUGUAUGCGGAGAAAUGGGCCUACUUCAAAAUGGAGCUUGCUGUCAUGGCUAUCAAGACCAAGGACGGUGUUCUGUCAUAUCCCACCGUCGAGACCGUCCAGGAGGACUCAAUAUGCAAGCUGGUGUACGCACCAGCCCGGAACGUCUCCGAGAAGAUCAACCAGGCCGCCCAGGCCCUUGCCCGCAAGGCUGUCUCUGCCUUCGAAGGAAAGGGCGCCUUUGGCGUUGAGAUGUUCCUCCUCGAGGACGACAGCCUGAUGCUGUGCGAGAUCGCCAGCCGCAUUCACAACUCCGGCCACUGGACCAUCGAGGGCUGCGCCCUGUCGCAGUUCGACAGCCACAUGCGGGCCAUCGUCGACCUUCCGAUCCCCGCCAAGAGCAUUGAGCUCCGCACUCCCUCGAUCAUGCUCAACAUCAUCGGUGGCGCUACUCCUGAUUCCCACCUGAGGGCCACCGAGGCCGCGCUUUCUAUCCCUAAUGCAAGCAUUCAUUUGUACAGCAAGGGUGACGCUAAGCCAGGUCGCAAGAUGGGCCACGUCACUGUCACCGCUGCGACUAUGCACGAGGCCGAGACUAUUAUCCAGCCUCUCAUUGACGUCGUGGAUGACAUGCGUGCCCAGCGCAAAGACAUCAAGACCAAGGCCGCUGUCUCCGGUCUCUCCGAGCCCGCUCCCCAGGUUGCUGUUGUCAUGGGCUCCGACAGUGACCUGAAGACUCUGGUGCCCGGUCUCAAGCUGCUGGAGAGUUACUUCGGUAUCAAGCCCGCCGUGGAGAUCACCUCCGCCCACCGCACCCCUAACUAUAUGGCCGAAUACUCCGCCGAGGCUGCCGCGCGCGGCAUCAAGGUGAUCAUUGCUGCCGCCGGCGGUGCUGCUCACCUCCCCGGUAUGGCCGCCGCUCACACCGCGCUGCCUGUCAUUGGUGUGCCCGUCAAGGGAAGUUCCCUGGACGGCGUGGACAGCCUGUACAGCAUCGUGCAGAUGCCCCGUGGUGUCCCCGUCGCAACCGUCGGAAUCAACAACAGCAUCAACGCUGCCCUCCUAGCCGCACGCAUUAUCGGCGCCUUCGAUCCCGCUAUCCAGGCCAAGGUAGAGAAAUACGCUGAAGAAGCCCGCGCCGAGAACAUGGAGAAGAAGGGAACCAAGCUCCAGGAACUAGGCUGGGAGAAGUACUUCGAGCAGAUGUAA